AUGUCUAUUCAACAAAACGGUGGAAAGGAUGAAAUCGAGGAAAUUCCACCUCCUGAGAGACCACCCUCUCCGCCUCCACAUACCACAUUUGCUGCUAGAGGCGUACAUCCUCCAACUUUCUCUGCUUUCAAGCCCAGAGACUAUCGCAUAACCAGUACACAGGCGAUGAACCAUGUCGCCUGGAAUUGCGACGGCAAGAAGCUAGCUGCUGUGGGCAUCGACAAAAUCACACGGGUUUGGACACCGCAAAAGAGUAUGGAGCCUCGAUCCGCUUCGAUGUUUACUGGCGGACACAUCGACGAGGUUGACUAUGUCUCUUGCAAUCCGACGCAUCCCGAUCUGUUCUGCACUUCGAGCCAAAGAGAUCGUAGAAUUGUCUUCUGGGAUGCAAGACAAAGCAAACAUGUCCAGCAAAUAUCCCUCAAGUUUGCGCCCAUGUACACUAAUUACUCACCAGACGGACGAUGGCUCCUUUGCGCUUCUUCUCAACACCAAAUGUACACCCUCACACUUGGCAAGACUGGGGAAGAGACUAAAGAGCAAUGGCGUUUGUCUGAUAAGGAUCCGGUCACUGGCACGACCGCCAUAUUCAACCAUUCUGGAACAGGACUGGUGCUAACUCAUAUCUCGGAGAAUGUCUUCCGUGUUUUAGACUUUCCCAGUUUUGAAGUGCGCGACCAUCCGGCAGCUCACGUAGGAGGAUGUUUAGCUGUUGCACUCGAUCCUCGCGGCCGAUACCUCGCGACUGGAGGCCAAGACUCAAUCGUCAACCUCUUUGAUCUGGAAGACUGGAUUUGUGUGCGCACGAUCACUUCGUGCGAUUACUCCAUCAGCGCUCUGAGCUUCUCCUUUGACGGAGAAUACAUCGCUAUCGCUAGUGGUGGUAACUACAUCGACAUUUGCGCCACAGAAACUGGUACUCCUCUGCACCGUGUGCCGUCCCUUGUCGCAGCAUCGACAGUUUGUUGGCACCCUUCUAAACAUCUUCUUGCAUAUUGUGGUCAAACGAAGGCCCGGGAAGGAGGGCCUCCAUCCGUGGCUGUUGUCAGUCUUUUCGGGCUGGUUGAAUGA